AUGUUUUUAACCUUGUAUUUACUCGUUUGUUUUACAGAGUCAUUUUGUCAGUACCUCAAUCAACUAACCAUAAAUGAUAAAUCUACUAUUUGCGAAGGAUCGAGAGAUGCUAAAUUAGUAGAACAUUUUUUCAACUUAAUAUUCGCCGAAUUUCACAACACGCCGCCACUAUGCACAUGUGUGCAAAUGUGCAUCGACCAACCGGUUUACUGUUAUCCAAGCGGGUGCAUGCAAACUAUUUCUAAGAAACCUAUAAGCACACACAUCCAAAAAGAGGAUAGACGAGUAACAUUAGUAUUGAAAGAUAAUGAUGAUUUCUUUUCAAAUUUGUUUGAAGACCCUGACCACGUCAACACCGGAAUACAAGAAGAUGGAGCUGUAAAUAAUUUUUUACCAAGCAUACUUGAAGACAGAUAUAAGAGCUCAAUUCAAUAUAAAAAGGCGCCUAAAGUUGAACUUACAUAUAAUUUUCGGCAACACGUAAAUAACAAAAAGACUGUAAUGUCAAAUAUUGGAAAUGCCGUUGUUACGAAAACAAGAUGGCCACGUCGCGAAAAUAUUUUUAUUGAAAAGGUAACAGCCAAAGUUAAGUCGGCAAAGUUUAUGCCGUCAGAAUAUGCUACCCCUUUCACUAACUCACCUACUUAGAGGA